ACGCCUUCCGUAUUUGCUUCGCCAUUGCAGGACCAGGAUUUGAUUGAUCCAAAUCCAAAUCCAAAUGCAAAUCAAGCUUCCUUCGAUCUCCCCCACUCAAAACUCCAACUUGGAUCCUCGCUCCAAUUUAACACUUUGGUUGGAAACUCUCUCUCUCUGGCUGGCUCAACUGGGCGUGGAGGAGGAGUUGAGUUCGUUAUGGAAUUCAGGACUGACUCUCUCACUUUGUCAAGGGGAAGGGAAUUCCCCCAUCUGCACUUCGAAACGUGUUUUCCUCCAAAUUGGCCAAUCACCGUAAGCCUGUGGCUGUUCCCUCCAAUGGUUCUCUGCCACGUCUUUCUCGCUUUUCCUUUAUGCGUUUACCUCCAACCGGAGACUUGACUGCAGGUCAAUAUUGGGCCGGGUUGACCGACUGUGGGCUAAGCCCCACUAGCCCAUAAACUCAAUAUCACGCAGGCCUGUGAAUCUUGACACUCUUUUUAAAAAGUACUGAACCCUAGCCACCCGACGCCGGGAACGACAACAACGGCAGAUCAAAUACAAGAAAGGUUCGUGAGUGAAUUGCUGUCGUGGUCAAUAGAUGGAAGCUCAAUUUUUUCGGUUUCUAAAGAUCGUGGGAGUGGGGUACAAAGCAAGAGCAGAAGCUCAGGGGAGGCUGCUGUAUCUGAAAUUAGGCUACAGUCAUGAGGUUGAACUCACAGUCCCUCCUGCGGUUCGUGUAUUCUGCUUCAAGAACAAUGUGGUUUGCUGCACCGGAAUUGAUAAGAACAGGGUGCACCAGUUUGCUGCCGCCGUUCGCAGCUGUAAGCCACCUGAAGUUUACAAAGGCAAGGGCAUUAUGUACAUUGAUGAAGUCAUCAAGAAGAAACAAGGAAAGAAGUCCAAGUGAUCAUUCAGUCUAUCUCAAACCCAAUCCCAACUAUCUCUGCUUCUGAGUUCAAUCAGACAUUCCUCCGGUGCUUGGGAUUUGGUUGGUUUUUUUCUUUCUUACUUGCUUGCUACUAAAUAAACAUCGAGCAAGCAUCACUCUCCCCCUUCUGCUUCAGCUGCGUUUCAUAUGGAUGACCUGGGAGGAGGUUGUUCUAGGGGAUUUAGCUUCUUGUGUUUGUUUAUGUAAUCGAAAAAACAAGCAUUGAGAAAGUUUUUGCUUGUCUUGAGUCUUGAACUUUAUCAUGUUGCCAUUGAAUAGGCCAAAGUCAAUAAUAACGAGAUUGUUCUGUAUUAUAUCCCUUACCAUCUCAGCCACAAUCUAUGAAUCCAUUCCAUUACAUGUGUCA